AUGGAAAACGAUACCGCUUCUACAACAUACCAAUCAAAGCUCAAAUCUCAGUUAGAGCUCUUAAUCGAUUUUGAAGACGAUAAUAGAGACGAUGGUGUUGGGUUGAAAACGUUUUACCCAUGCCCAUUUUGCGAAGACGAUUUUGAUCUUCUAGAGCUAUGUUGCCAUAUUGAUUUGGAACAUCCUAUUGAUGCCACUUCUGGGCUUUGUCCUGUUUGUGGCAUGUGGGUGGGAACAGAUUUGGUUGAGCACAUAACAGCUCAACAUGGAAACCUAUUUAAGAGUAAUCUCAAAUCAAAAUACCAUAAACAUGAUUUGUACCCGAAACUUUCCUUUUCAAGAAAGGGUGGACGGGAUGGACACUGGCAAUCUUCUUCUGACGGGUUGUCGUCGCCUAGGAUGUCAACCUCCAAGGCGGCUUCUGAUCCAUUUCUGUCAUUUGUAUGUGGCUCACCUGCUUCUGGUGAAAAUGAAAAUGUGCAGCCUGAUUCUUCAAGUGAAUCAAGCAUUGAAGAAAUACACUCAGAUGAUACAUUGUUAGAAAGAGAUGCUCCACCUUUAUGUGAGAAAGAGAAAGUGGAGAAAGCAAGGCGAAGUGAGUUUGUACAAGGGCUUUUGUUUUCUACUAUUCUUGAUCCUGACUUUUGA